GGGGCCGGGUCCCACCCCCCGGGCGGAGGGUGUGAUGAGCAGCCUGGCAGGGCCUGGCUCCACGUGCUGCUGCCGCCACUUCCGGCUCGUCCGGGCUCGGGGGGUCGCUGGUCCCUCCUCUGAGCCCCCCUGGAGCGGAGUGACCCACUGCCCGCCCUUCCCGAAGCUGUGGGGCUGGGGCACAUCUGGGCUCCUGCACAUCCCAGGCAGGGGGUCCCCCCGUGCCCGUGGGGCGGGCUGGGCAUUGGGGUAACGGAGCUUGGCUCAGGGGGGGAGAUCGCCCUCCCCCCAUCUCUAAAACUGAGGGGCUGGGAGUCAGGCCCCCUCCCAGGGCCUCCACCUGAGCUGCCCUGCGUCAGAGACUCUGGAACAAUUUGUAUAGUGGGGGGGGCUGAGAGCCACUGAACCACACUGUAACCCACUGUAAUCAGAGCUGUGAUGCCCCCUCUCCUCCUGGGGCGGCUGGGGCCCCUUGAGCUUGGGGGCACUGGGAACAACACAACGAGAACCCAAGUCAAGUCUUUGCGGUGGGGCACGUGUCCCGCUCUGGACCUGAGCGCGGCACAGGGCUGCAGCACCAUGGGGCCUGCCUCCGCCCCGUCCCUGUCGCGUCCGCGCACCCCACGGGGGUUAGUACGUUCAUCUGUGUGUGCCUGCCCCACUGCGGCAGGGCAGGGCUGUGACCCCGGUGAUAGAGGGGCGCUGAGGCUCAGUGACUAUGGGCUUGUCUACAUGGGGAUGCUGAUGGCUGGCGCUAUUGCAGAAUAGUGGCCCCCACCCCCAGGGCGCUCUGUUCUGGAGCAAACGUCACUCGAUUCUGGGUCAUUGUUGCGUUUCCAAAGCAGAGCGACUGCGGGGAGCCAUUCCCCAAUAGCUAUUGCUGUCAGUUUCCUGUGUCAGAGCAGGGACUGGAACCCAUGGCCCGGGUGAGCACGCUACCCACUGGGGCGGCCUUCCACCCCUGCUCCCUUGCUAGGUGGGUCUGUCCUUGCUCCAUACUGCCCGGUUACGGUGAGUGCAGUGCUACGCAGGGUAUGGUUGGGGUGCUGCCUCCCUGUGCAGUCAAUAGGCAGGGCAUGUUCCAGACAGGGGCUGGCCUGCGGGUGCGGUUGAAAUGGGGCGAUACAAGGCUUGUGCCCAGGAUAGCUGGCUCCCGUGUGCUCUGACCAUGCCACGGGAGUCGCAGGGAACGUCUCCGCUGUCACGGAUCGACAGCAUCGGUGCUACGCCCCCAGUUUUGGAACAGUCUCUAGGAGGAACCCUUCAGUUUGUCCAACCCCCAAGGGGUCUCAAUCUUACUGCCUGGGGUAGGCCUCACUGCCUCCUUCCGGCGAACCUCUGGGGCUCCAGCACUCAUGUUUCACACCAUGAGCUUUGCCUGGCAAGUCCAGCUGAACUGGACUCCUGGGAGAGACUAGGCCACUCUUCAGGGACUAAUGCACCUCUGCCAGUGUUUGCAGUGACACACGCAGGGUUGGCAAACCAGGCAGGUUUAUUAGUCACCUGUUACGCAGCAUGGGGUGGCCGUAGGUCAGCAGAAAAAAAUGAAGGUUAAAGCAUCAACCGUUCUGGUCAGCCAGAGCCCAGCCACGCUGGAACGAAGCCUGGACACAUGCACAGCUAGGUCGAUGCAAGGCGGCCUACUUCAACCUAACCUUGUAGCAUAGACCAGGUCUCUUAGCCUGUCCUGAGAGCAAACAGUCCUUCCCCCGCCCCCGGGUAACAAUAUGAAAUAUGGGGGAAACUGAAGCACGCAUGGGCUUCAUUCAAAAUAUUACAGAGAAUUCCCACUUUGUCACCUACCCUGCAGAUGGAGGGGAGAUUCCUCGCUCGGGUAGAGGUUCCUGCACUGGUGUGUACAGCUGCUCAUGAAUUACAUCUCCAGCGGCAGUGUAGACAGGCCCCCAGAGAGCUCCAUUUAUGGGCCGCUCUAAUUGUAUCCUUGGGGCUAGUGCCAGGUUCUGUGGGUCCCCGAAUCCAGCUGUGCCUGGUUCCAGAAGGGAUGGACGUUGGCUUGGACAUGCUAACAUCUCCCAUGUACAGUGUUACCCCUGGGCUAGCAGUGCAUGCUGGGAGCGUGGGCUGCUCCAUGGGGUACUGGUCCUCUUGUCAGCCUUGGGCCAGUGUCAUUGGGAGGUGAUGGAAGGAGCCAGCUUGGAGGGAACAGUCGGUGGCGCUGCCUACCUGUCUGUGAGGCUGGGGGAGCUGGCUGCCGCUGGGCUGGCUGCCCCAUGGAGGCAGAAGGAGAGAGGAGAGGGCCUCCCUGCGUGGGAGUGGCGCGGGCUAGCCCAGGGGCCGAGUCCCGCAUGGGGGACCUGGCAGGGAGAGCCAGCCUGAACGCCUCCGGCUGGGCCCCCAAGACUGGUGGCAGCUUCAGAAACACGGGCCUUUCUGCCCCAGCGCAGCCGUGUCCCCUGGGCUGGGGAUCCCACUGGAGUCCUGUUUGCAGCAAUCAGUAGCGGGUGAUGCCUCAAGGUGGGCUGGGGGUGGUUCAGCGCCAGGAUGGCUGCUUGACCCCGGUGUGGCCAGGACCCUGUGCAGGGACUGGGACUCCCUCCCCGAGGCCGCUUGUGUUUCCCUGCUUUCAGCUGGAGUGUUGGCAUGGCCCUAUUGCAGUGAGCUGGGUCCAGCCUGAGGUCUGGAUCCCCUCCUCCCCCUGCCCUAAGAGCGCUGCAGGGCCCCGGCUGCCCUCCAGUUGCAAAGGGGCGUGGAGGGUGCUCCGGAUCUCUUAGGGCUCUCAUUUGAUCCUCCUCUCCCGAAAUCGCUUGCCUGGCGGCAAGGGCAUCAUGUGCCCUUCCCCACCCCUUGUUGGGCCAUGGGCGUCUGGCUAGGUCAGCCCCAAAGGUGAGCGGCACGGCCAGCCCUGACUCAGGCGCGGCUGAAGCUGAGCUGGUCUGGGGCGGAGGGGGAUGGUGCUCCUGGAAACUAUUUUGCAACCUCCGAGGUUAAAAAAGUCCAGGGUGACUCAGCCGAGCUGCUGCUGGGUGUCUCGUGGGCAGAGCUGCGGAUCCUUGUUCCCUGCCUGGGUCCCUUACGCCGCGUGGCCCCCCGCAGCUGCAAGGCCGUCCCUGAGCACCAUGGGCUCCAUGUUCCGCAGCGAGGAGGUCUGCCUGGCCCAGCUCUUCCUGCAGUCGGCCUCGGCCUACGCCUGCGUCAGCGAGCUGGGCGAGAGGGGGCUCGUGGAGUUCAGAGACCUCAACCCCAAUGUCAACGCCUUCCAGCGGCGCUUCGUGGGUGAGGUGCGGCGUUGUGAGGACAUGGAGAAAACCUUCACGUUUCUGCACCAGGAGCUGCGGAAGGCAGGGCUGGCACUGGGGCCCUGCCCUGAAAGCCCCCCGGCCCCUCUGCCCCGUGAUGCCCUGCACAUCCAGGAGCAGUCCGAGCAGUUGGCCCAGGAGCUGCGCGAAGUGAGCCGCAACCGGGAGUCGCUGGGUGGACGCUUGCGGGAGAUGCAGGAGUACGCGCAAGUCCUGCGCGAGGGGCAGCGCUUCACCGGCCAGCUGGCAUCACUGGGCUCCCCUGCCCGGCCCCGUGCCCUCUCGGACCAGGAGCCCCUGCUCAACCCGUCCAUGGCACCGCGACUCGAUGUCAAAGUCAACUUUGUGGCGGGCGUGAUCCACCCUUGGCGGGUGACCUCCUUUGAGCGGCUGCUGUGGCGCGCCUGCCGCGGGUACCUCAUCGCCAACUUUGUGGAGAUGGCGGAGCCCAUGGAGGACCCAGCCACGGGUGAGAACAUCACCUGGGUUAUCUUCCUCAUUUCCUACUGGGGGGAGCAGAUCGGACAGAAAAUCCGCAAAAUCUCGGACUGCUUCCACUGCCACGUGUACCCCUACGCCGACUCGGAGGCCGACCGGCUGGAGGUGCUGAAUGGGCUGCUCACCCAGAUCAACGACCUCACCACGGUGCUGGGGGAGACGGAGCAGUACCUGUCCCAGGUGCUGCAGAAGGUGGUGCUGACGCUGCCGGCCUGGCGCGUGAAGGUGCAGAAGAUGAAGGCCAUCUACCUCAUCCUCAACCAGUGCAGCUUCAACGUCAUUGAGAAGUGCCUCAUCGCCGAGGUGUGGUGCCCCGUGCGUGACCUGCCACAGGUGCAGGAGGCCUUGCGCCACGGAUCGCACAAGAGUGGCUCGGGGGUGGAGUCGUUCGUGCACCGGAUCCCCAGUUCUGAGAGCCCUCCCACCCUCAUCCGCACCAACAAGUUCACCACCGGCUUCCAGAGCAUCGUCGACGCCUAUGGGGUCGCCAGUUACCAGGAGGUGAACCCGGCGCCCUACACCAUCAUCACCUUCCCCUUCCUGUUUGCUGUCAUGUUCGGGGACGUGGGCCAUGGGCUGCUGAUGUUCCUUUUUGCCCUCUGGAUGGUGCUGGCAGAGAACAGCCCCCGCAUGAGGGAAGCGCGCAACGAGAUCUGGCAGACGUUCUUUGAGGGGCGCUACCUGAUUCUGCUCAUGGGGGCCUUCUCCGUCUACACCGGCUUCAUCUACAAUGAGUGCUUCAGCAAGGCCACCGCCAUCUUCCCCUCCGCCUGGAGUGUGGCCACCAUGGUCCACCACUACAACUGGAGCUCCGACUACUUAGCCAGCCACGCCUUCCUCACCCUGGACCCCAACGUCACUGGAGUCUUCAAGGGGCCCUACCCCUUUGGGAUCGACCCGGUCUGGAGCCUGGCCAACAACCACCUGAACUUCCUGAACUCCUUCAAGAUGAAGAUGUCGGUGAUUCUGGGCAUCAUCCACAUGAGCUUCGGGGUGCUGCUCGGCGUCUUCAACCACCUGCACUUCAGGCAGCGGUACCAGGUGGCACUGGUCUUCCUACCCGAGGCGAUCUUCCUGCUGGCGCUCUUCGGCUACCUCGUCUUCAUGAUCUUCUACAAGUGGCUCACGUUCAGUGCUGUCAACUCCCUGCUGGCACCCAGCAUCCUCAUCCACUUCAUCGACAUGUUCCUGUUCACCGAGAACCCCGACAACUACCCGCUGUAUCCGGGACAGGUGACGGUGCAGAACGUCCUGGUCGUCCUGGCUCUGGCCUCUGUGCCUGUCCUGCUCCUGGGCACGCCCGUGUACCUGUGGUGCCAGCACCGCCGCAGGGGGCACCCUCGUCUCGGGCUGGGCCCACCUGGGGACGCCGGGGAGCGCCAGCCACUGCUGAGCUCGCAGGAGCCGGGGAACUCGGUGAACGUGAUGGAGGCCGACGUGGAGCGUGGCGGGCGUGGCCCUGAGCCUGAGUUUGAAUUCUCUGAAGUCUUCAUGCACCAGGCCAUCCACACCAUCGAGUACUGCCUGGGCUGCAUCUCCAACACGGCCUCCUACCUGCGCCUGUGGGCGCUCAGCCUGGCCCACGCACAGCUGUCGGAGGUGCUGUGGACCAUGGUGAUGCGGAACGGCUUCCUGCUGCACAUCUACGCGGGUGGGGUGCUGCUGGUGCCCGUCUUUGCCUUCUUUGCCGUGCUGACGGUGGCCAUCCUGCUGGUGAUGGAGGGGCUGUCGGCUUUCCUGCACGCCCUGCGCCUGCACUGGGUGGAAUUCCAGAACAAGUUCUACGUGGGCGCCGGGUACAAGCUGAGCCCCUUUGCCUUCCCCCCCGACAGCUGGGAGUAGGGCCAGCUCGGCACCAGGUGCCCCCCGCCACCCUCACCUCAAGGGGAUGGCGCCCCCUCCCGCUCUGUCCUGGGGCAGGGGGCUCCCUUUGGGUUUGCACCUUCUACCCUGGCUGCUGCCCCCCGCCCCUCUAAGCCUGGCGCUGUUUCCCUGCCCCUCCCCUCCCCUUUGGUCUGGUGCUGUCAUCCACUGCCUGCCGGAGCCUGGUGCUCCCUCCUGGGCACAGAUUACGUCUGUCCUGUCUUUUGUACGAUUAAAGAGUGAAACUGU